AUCGACGGAAACAGCAGCUUCGAAGUGGCUGUCAGCAGAGAAAAAGCAGCAGUAGUAAGUAGCAGGGCAGGCGAACAGCAGCAAACAGAGAGACUGCCUCCCUCCGUAUCUACGGUGAAAGAAAGGACAAAGAAAGUGUAUCUGUGUGAUAUUACUGGGAGUAAUAUCAUCUCAAUCAAAUGACGUUAAUUUGACCGGGUCAUUAAAAGGUGACAAUUGUGAUACAUAAAGUGAAUAUCUCAGACCGGCUGCCGGAUCGAAAGGAACCUGCGAGUGUUCUUCAACCUAAUCCGGCACUUUGCUUACACUAGUCGGAUUUGCUCUUAUAAAAAAAACGAGCUUCAUCGUGCUAGUGGUGCUGUGUGUGCGUUUUGUUCACUUCCAUUGAUUGAGUGGAUUGUGUGUGUGUGCGCGCGCGUGUGGGGUGGGGGAGGUACGACUGUUCACGGAAGAGAAGUGAAGAGGAAGAAGCAGGAGGUUUUGUGGGAGGCGUUCGCUCAUAUGUGUGUCUCCUUUGCUGGGCAGUAGUGUGGACCGUGGGGUGAAUCGCGGAUGCCGAUUAAAACGCGCAGCGGCUCUCGACGUGGUCGGAUGUGUCAAAGAUGAGAGUUUACGGUACUGCUGCUGCUGCUGGCUGCGACUGUUAAUAGGAGAAGAGUUGUCAAAACGUGUUUGGUGGGUUGCUGUGCAGCAAGUACAUCAUUCCGGCACCCCCUCCACACUGAUACGCUUUCACUUCCGUUCUUUGGGUUUCUUUGGGGGACGGGAACCUCCGAAGAAGGGUUGAUGCAAGUAAAUAAAAAAAAGGUUCCCUAAUUCAGCAAAACGAGAGAUGAAGUGAACGUAAGCGUGCGCGCGUGUGUGUGUGCGCAAUUGUGUACGAUUGGGGUGGCAAAAGGCAACCGAGCCAGCCCAUUUACCCCCGUGUGUAGUGCUGCUGCUGCUGCAACACACUCACACAUACACAGAAUGUAUAGUGUGCUGCUUAGGUGAAAAGCGGCUCGAAGAAGAAGAAGAAGCUUGUACGAUUGCAUCGAAGACAAGGCGAAGAAUAGUGCAAAGAAGGAAAAAGAUUCCGUAACCAGCAAAAGCGAAAAGAAAUUGCGAGUGGCCUGUGUGUGCGCGCGGGGCUGCUUUUUCUGGCUUUUUUGCUUUUUCCUUUUUGUUAACUCGCUCAUCGUUUCUCAGUGUAGAGGAGCUGCCCUGCUUUCGCGUUGGAAAGAGCGAGAAAGCGUAUCGCGGACGUUCGAUUUGGCCUGUGGAAGCGCAGUGGAAGCGAAAGAGAAAGAAAGCUAGACCGGUUCCGCUAUCUCGUUCGAGCGCAGGCAUGCAUGAUCUCUCGCGAAUGUGUAUUUUUUUUGUUGGUGGUGUCGCGCGAAGUGAAUAGAAGUAGUUUGCCGUGGAAACGCGAACGUGCGCCCGUGUGCGCACAUGAGUGUGUGUGUGUGUGUGCGCGGUGGAUGUGUGCAUACGUUAACUAGCAGUGUGUGUGUGUGCGAGCGUGUGGUGUAUGUGUGAAAAGUGUGUGCGAAGUGUCCGGCCUUAGUGGUGUGGACAAGUUGGAAGCACACGGAAAAACUCGUCGACCAGCAUAAGUGUGUGGCAGCACACAGGAGCAUAGAAGCAGGAGGACGAGUAGUGCGGGAGGUCGAUUAAUGUGAGCUGUGUGUGCAAAACGAGAGAGAGCGAGAGAGGAAAAGACACACCGAUUAAUGAAGCUGGCUCACAUAUUUGGAAACUUACAUAUCCAACAAAUACAGCCGAAGCACGGUACAGAAGCAUUUUCGUUCGUUUCCGACGCACACUUGGGACAUUGCAGCAGCACACGUACACCAGCGAGGAAGAGAUGAGCCGAUGAGAGAUGCUGUCGGUUAUGUAUGCUGGCGCUGCUGCUGGCCUGUAAGCGAGAGCGAGACGGAAGCACACAUCAAUUCAGCUGGCAACAAAGUUGACCACAUCGAUUGGCAAUUGACCGACAAAAAAGAAAUGCAUCGAUUGGGUUGUGUGCAACUUCUACACGACGGCAACCUGGUCACCAACGUCGGCAAACGGUACCCAAAGGGCAGCGGCAGUAACGCUGGUAGUGCCAUCAUCCUCUGCAACAGUUACUACGAGGCGGCCACUACCAAUCCCACGGCAACGGCCAUCAGCGACGAUGAUGCAUCGCAAGAAGCGAAAGUGUAAGCUUUCCUCGUGAACAACUAUGUGUGCCUUAUCUCAUUGCAAAACGCAACGCUACUACAAAGCCGACGAGUCUCGUCAGUAGGGGAAACCGAAACCCCAAGCACAAGCGCGCGCACCAGCCUAAGUCCCGCGUUACUGGCCACCAACGGUCAGCAUCAUCAAAAACACCACCAACCCAACCCAAGCAACAACACAGCAUCCCUUCUUCCCCCCCUCUAAUGGCUGAUUUUCCAUUUGGGCUGCAGCUGUAAAACCAAUAGAGAGACGAGGAAAUAGAGCGCAUGAUAGAAACGCGAAACUAGAGACACCGAAUGUAAAUUAUAAGAACUACGACCACUCGCGUACAAAUUGGAAGAGAAGACAAGCCAACCAGCGGAAGGCAGAAACAAUCAACCACAGUCAAUCAAUCGGAAGCCGAAGCAAAGGACACGCAAAGCAAAGGGCGACAGAAGUACAUUGGAAUACAGUCACUCGGAAAGGGAUACGACAGACGCGCUUCUUCUACCUAAUAUACUAUACUCUCUUUGCAUCACCGACGUCCUUAUAUCGGGUUUCCCAAUAAGCGAACUGGAUUUAUAUACAGAUUUACAUUUGUAGUUUCAUAUUUUAAUCGAACCUUCUUGCUCGACGCUCGAGCCUCCCAGUGCAUCUCGCUGUGUGUGUGUGUAUAUGUGUAUUUUGCGUAUCCUUGCAUGCGCCAAAAACCGGGGGUUAAAAAGCAGCGUAAUCAAUCAAUUAAACACACUCAACGAUAGACAGGUCUGUCUGUCUGUUUCCGUUGCAAGUACAACGAAUUGAUGGUUGCUCUUCACAAAAAAAAGCAAAACCCUCUUCAGUUUGGCAAAAGAAACUGAUAUUUCACACCGGACAACACCACGUACAAGGGCGCCAACCAGUAUCAGCAUCAAACAACAGUGUUGCGGCGUAACGGCAGUUGGAGAGGAUCAGAAUUAAACCUACAAAAGAUACGUCCGUUCGCAGACAAGGGGUUUGCAGUAAGCGAGAAACAAACAUAAUAUAAUAAACACAACAUAAUAUUAACCCGUAGUACAACAAGCACUUGUCGUAGACAGGUGUGAUUAGUUUGUAACGUAAAACACAUGCAGAUAUCCACAACGCCAUACGUUAAAAGGGGGAUCGAAUCCUCGCAGAAAGCUACAGAGUUAAAGAACAACAGUAAAAGAAACCCAUUCCCGGUUCGAACCGAACGGGUUCAUUUCCGACUGUAAGAAGCAGCAAGAAUCAAGGAAAGAAGGAAGAAGAGACACCAAUACUUCCUGUGUUUUUGUUAGCCCACCGUCCGGACGUUUCGUGUUUCGCUUACCGCGAGGUUUCUUCAUCGCGCAUGAAAGGUGCGAACGGUGCUGGUGCUGCACGCAUCACCAUCGUUGUAGUCGCCGGUCAUAGAAGCGGCAACGGAAGUUGCAGAAGGAAAUCGUGAGCACAGAGACACACGCUGACUUUCGGGUGCAUUAAAGCCACUCGCUACGAAAAGCGUUAGUAAUGGAGGAAGCGCAAACACAGGCCCAAUCGCAGGGGGAACAGCAGCAGAAGGAAGCAGGACCGCCGCAGCAGCAAGGCUUUGGUGCAUACAUUGCGCUGGAGGAUAAUAAUGCACCACUGACGCUGGUAGACGAACUAGCCUUCGAUAAGGAUGACAUCGUGCACGUGUGGAUUCCAACGGUGACCAAACCGCCGACUAGUACCGUUGCCGAAGGUGAGGGUGGCCCUCGAGUCGCCUGGUAUAAGGCUACCAAUGCUCGCACCAAGCAGACGGGUUAUGUGCAGUUGAGCAAACUCUCACCGCUUGAAAACAUCGAUCCCGUUCUGUACAGCUCCGGAGCAGCACGGCAGUACCUGAGUAGCGUUCCCACCGGCGGUUGCGUAACGUUAGGUUGCGCCUGCGUUGCCGGUGGUGUGCCGCAACAACAGCAGCAGCAACAGCAGUCACAGCAAACCGCGAUCUCUGACGCCUUUGGCGGUAUGCGACUGGGUAGUGGCACCACUCAGGGUACCGACACGACAACGGCCAAUGCAGAAGAGCUCUAUGUAAAGUGCUCUACGCCGGCUACGGUGCUAAAAGAUCCAGCACUAAAAGAUGAAAUGGCUAGUAGAACCGGUAACAGCAGAGUACACGCGACCGAGUUUGUUUACUUUGUAACACCCAUUAUAUGUUUGUUUUGCCAGGACUACAUCUGGGGGCUUGGAAGGCAAGGUGGACAGUGUAGAAACUGUUCCGCGUGUUUCCACGUCAAUUGUCUACCGAUGGCUUUGUAUAGGCCGUGCCAAAGAAAUUCGGAAAUGUACCAGAACAUACCGAGUACUUUCAGAACGGAAAAGUCAAUUAACGAAUGGACAACGGAAAAUGUGCUGGAAUGGAUGACUGCUGUUAACAUGUAUGACCAUGUGGAGGUAUUCAAAACGAAAGCUAUAAAAGGCUGUGAUUUACCGAAUUUGGAUCGUGAUAAGCUUGAACAAAUGGGUAUUAAGAAUGAUUUCCAUCAGAAUACUAUCCUGACGACGAUCAGACAACUUCUGACGAGUGCAGACAUGACUGCAACGGCAGACCUGCCGACAUUGCCAGCUUCGGCACACAGUACAGUAAACCUUUCGGCCGGUUCCGAUCAACAAUUCAACGGGCAUAAGCUGACGAACGGUUCAUUUUCGAAACAGCAAAAAUGUGAUAUGUGCAAGAACUAUCUGUUAGGACUGGUCCAUCAGGGACUGUUCUGCACAAAGUGCCGUUUGGUCGUACACCGGCAAUGCUCGGUGAUGGGUCUGAAACCAUGCACUGCUCCCGAGCGUGGCGGACAACAGCAGCAGGCACAACAGCUAGCUACCACCUACGGUGGGUAUAUGCUCGGUGGAGCAUUCCGACAGGAGCACCAGCACAUCUUUGGCAAGAGUCUCUGCUUGCUGUUUGACGUCCAACAGCAGCCAGCUCCGCAAAUCGUGGGAGAUCUCUGUGCCAGCCUGGAAAAGAAGGCCGUGAUGGAUAAAGGGCUCGACCUGUACGUUGUUUACCGUACCACACCGGUUCGGUACGACGAGGUGAACAAGCUGCGCGACGCACUGAACGAGAAUCUGCUCAACAUCGAUCUGAACGGCUACACGCCGGAGUGCGUUGCGACGGUGCUGAAGAAGUUUUUCCACGAGCUGCCCGAUCCGCUCAUACCGGUUACAUUGUACCAGUCGUUUAUCGAUGCUUCGAAGCUCGAUGACCAGCAGGCUGUGGAGCGUAUGAAGGCAAUUAUACAAGACAUGGCACCACAUCACAACAAGACGUUGCACUACUUCAUGCGGCAUCUGAUCCGAAUCUGUCGGUUGCAGUUUAUGCGCGGUAACAAGCAACAGCCAACGAUGCUGUUGCAAAAUUGGUGCCAUAUUUUGAUGCGCCCAGCGUGGGAGAGGAUUGUGCACUUCGUGGGUAACAUAAAGAACCAUUUGCGGGUAUUGGAAAUUCUUAUGUACAAACUGGACUGGAAUGAGGCGUUGCCGGAGUUUCUUUCCAUACCGGCCGUUCCACCGAGAAAGACAUCCCGCACGGGUGGUACCGUUGGAACUGGAUCGACGAAAAAAUCCAUCAUAGCAUCACCGGAAGGAGGAUCAGUUGCGGCACCGUUAAUUGAAAGUGAGUACAGCACCACAUCUUUGGGACGGAGCGCACCGCAACAAUCGGGUUCCGGUGGUGUUGGUGGUGGCGGAACGCUGAUUACCGGCGGUGCUCCGCUGGUGACCGAUCCGGAUACACCGCAGGAGUUGCGCGAUGCCGAAUGGUACUGGGGUAAGAUUUCGCGCGAUAUUGCCAAGGAAAAGAUGAUGGAUGCACAGGAUGGUUCGUUUCUGGUGCGCGACGCCAUCAACGAUGCGGGCGAAUACACGCUCGUGCUGAAGAAGGAUGGUACGGAUCGUCCGAUAAAGAUUUAUCACAAAAAUGGCAAGUAUGGUUUCACGCAGGAGUGCACGUUCGAAAGUUUGGUCGGCAUGAUCAAUGAGUUCCGCACGACCACGUUGAAGGAGUAUAACACCAUACUCGACAUUAGCUUGCUGUAUCCGAUAUCGCGGUUUGAGGACGAAAGUCUCUACCCGACGGCUGGCGACAUUCAUCAGCUCGCGCAAAAUUUCUACGAAACGGUACAGAAGCUAACGGAUCUGCAGAACAUGCGUGAAUCAACGCUGGAAGCUUUCAACCAGGCUCAGUCCCAUCUCGAACUACGCCGGCAGGCUCAGGAAGCGUUCAUCGAGGCGGACAAACUGUUCAACGAUCAGCUGCUAACGCAGGCCCGUUACGAGAAGGAAGCGCAGCCGCACGAAAAGCGCAGCCUGGCACAGAAUCGCACGUUGAUCGAAAACCGUUUGGAAGAGCUGCGCAAGUGCAAAAAGAAUCUGGACGAAGACAUGGAGCGGGAACGGGAGCGUAUGCGUGAGUUGCAGCGCGAAUCGAUGAAGCUGAAGCCGGAAGUUUUGAACCUCAGCAAGCAGAAGGAUCAGUAUCUGGAGGCGCUCAAACGCCAGUCCAUUACGGAUGCGCAAAUCAAGCAGAUUCUCAAGGACGGUUUCCUUUCGGCGACGAAUCCGGACUCGACCCAGGAUUUGCCGCACCUGGACGAAACGACCUGGUUGCGGGAACGCUACACCCGGCAGGAUGCGGAGAAAAAGCUGGCCAACAAACCAACCGGUACGUUCCUGAUACGGGCGCGCAAUGCCGGUAUCGCAAACUAUGCGCUGUCGAUUGCGUGUGACGGUCGGGUGAAUCACUGCAUCAUUCAUCAGACGGAGCGAGGGUACGGUUUUGCGGAACCGUACUUUAUAUACGAUUCGCUCAAAUCACUCGUGGUACAUUACGCGACCAACUCGCUCGAGGAGCAUAACGAUCUGUUGCAGACCACGCUGAAGUAUCCGGCAUUUGCACCAAACCUACCGAGUGGCAGUGGAACUGGAAGCGGCGGAAGUGGUGGCAGCGGUAGCGGUGGAAGCGGGCAAACUAGUGGAGGUUCCUCAUCAUCCUCCUCCCGGCAACAAGCACCGCCGCCGCCUGGUAGUAGCAGUAGUACCAGUGGAGGACCAGUUUGGCCCGGAAUGACUUCAUUUGCCGCUUAAAGCACAGCCAAGACACACCAUAGAAGCGCACGUUUGACGUUCUACGUGUGACGAUCUACAUCGAAACACCAACUCUCUGUCAUCGGUCGAAGGUGCGUGUGGCAAACUCUUACAUACGAAGGUCUUUUUCAAGCUCGUUCAUUUCGAUUUGUGUUUGUUGUCGAGUACUGUUCAGUAAUUAAAACGUAUGAAAACAGAGCAAAUGCGUUUGCUAACAACAAAGCGCAACUAGGUUUCUUCUCGAUGUCAGUCGGGUACAUUUUAAUGCCUCAUUUUUUAACUCGUUUGUUUCGAUAAGUAAUGUGAUCCAAGCAGAAAGGCUACAGAUUGUUGAAUAAUGCUUUUGGUGUAGCUUUUAUGAUUAUUUCUUUUAAAUCUUUCACAAAUACGUAUACACACGUGCGCUAUUCGUUUCGAUAGUGAAGUAGUAGGUUUGAGAUUAGAGUACGUAAAGUUCAUUUUUAUAUCAUACAACAACACUGUUAGCAGCACCCCAUCAUUUGCAAAUCGAACGCUUUGUUCGAAGUUUAACAAACAUUUUUUUUCAUCUAAAAUUAUACCUGCACUAUGUGUAUAAGUGAUUUAGGUAAAGUUUUGGUAAAGUUUUGUUAGUCAACAAAUCAGUUGACACUAUGCGGGAAACUUGCAUGCGAUACAAAUAUUCUGGGAAGUUGGAUGAAGUACGCUUUGCCUAUCCCUUAUUCUUGAUCUCCUCCAGACUUACUCAACACAAUUUUUUUAAUCGCUGUUCAAUAGAGUUGAAAAACAGUAUCUUCUUAUGCUGAAUUUUUAACAUUCAGCUUGUUGUAGUAAAUAGAAAAUAAUUUCUUAAUGGAAAUUAUUUGUUUUAAAUUGUAGUUCAUUAAGUUUUUUUUGGUAAGUUAACAAAAGAUUGAAAUGGGAAGGUAGGCUUCGAAAAAAGAAAUUCAUUUGUUUGUGCAAUAUUUUUAGUAACUUCAAUGCAAUUAUAACGUAAUUGCAAAAAUCGGUUGAAAAAACAUGGUGGGGAACAUUACAUCAAGCAAUUUUCUCUCUCUUUUUCUCUCUGAUAGCGAUGUUAUCAGGUUAUAAGUUCGCAUUCUUAUCAAAUCAAUGUUAUCCAUUGUAAUAAUAUGCUAAAUUCUUUUUGUGGGACUGAAAGGGACACUAUUUUAAAAAAUAUUGUAUGUGUGUUUGGAAAAACGUUCGAACGCAUUCGAUCCUCCUUGAUCAUUGAUCAUAACGUUCGCACAUCAUGAACGCGGAUGUCGUGCAUUUGAGUUUUAUCUUUAUGAUGGGUUGCGUUAAUAGUUUGUUAAUGAAGCAAAAAUGAAUAUCGAAAAAAUGUUGCUCUUAUUUGAUUAGAAUUGAAUCAGAAUCGCCACUGUCCUUAAAAAGGAUACGCAUUGGCGCAUAAAUGUUGUGUAAGCUCUGUUUAUCGCUGGAGGGUAUUAAUUUAAUUUUAUGUUACGUAUCAUUCAUACGCCCGCGUAUAAUACGUACCGGAAUAAUUUUGCACCGACAAUGGAUUAUUGUUAGCUGGAAAAUUAGCUAUCAAUUCUUUUGUCAUAUGAAGCAAAGCGAACGGAAGGGAAUAAAGUAUCGUAAGGAGUGUGUUGGCCUUCUAUGUGCAUCGUAUAAUAUAAACUCCAUGAGUUAGUUGAUCGUAUCAGGUAGGAAGGAAUGGAAAAUGAAAGUGAGCGUAACGGCAACAUAACAACGCAGAAAACCGAAACCAGUAAACUAUGGUCCGAUAGACACACGGGUGAUAAAAAAGACGCGACGUGAAGAGAAAAACCGGUAGAUGCUAAGAUAGAACGCGAGAUCAGUGUUGUAGUGAAGAAAAGCGUUGGGGUGAUAAAACGAGCCAGCCGUAUAAUAGAAUGUAAUAGUAAGGCAGCAAGGAAGAGCAGUUUUGGAAUAUGUUCUAUGUGUGUAGCAUGAGUUAUGCGCAACGGAACCGUUGUGCAGAUUCUUACUAUUUCCAUAAGCAAAGGGCAAAAAACACAAAACAAAACCCAUACACGGAAUAUUUUGUGAAACACGGCUUCUAAUACAUCGACGUAAUGGUUGCAGAUUACGUGCUCGUUCGUUUGUAUAUGGUAAUUUGUAAGAUCAUUACAUUAUCCUAAUUUUAGUAUGAUCAUCUCGCUCUCGGGAUAGUAAGUGCGCUAGGAGAUGAUGGCACGCGAGAAUGGUACAGAGUUUUAUGUUUUCCUUUGUGCAUUUUGCUCGUUUGUACAAAAGUUUUAGCGAUGCAAGCAGAUUUGAUGUGAAUGGUGGGUUGUGUUUAGUUUGUUCCGUUUCUGCAUUAGCGUGUAAUGUGCGCGGAUCCCAUUCAAAAACCCUUCGAAAGAUCUGCAAAACAUUUGGCGAGAAGGCUGACAGAGAGAGAGAGAGAGGAAGAGUUAGAAGGUGAAAAAAGUGAAAGCAUGUACGGUUUAAACAACGCGGCCAAAUGAUUUACACUGGCUGCACGCACAACCUUUCCUUGUGCGGGUGGUGCUCUCGACGAGAACCGAGUCUCUGGAAGAACAUGAAAAUCUGUGGAUUAUUUGUAAAGUGUUUGAAUGUGCGCGCGAAUGAGCGGAUGAGAGUGAGAGGGAGUGUUGUGUGAUGGAUAAGAUAUGAUGGAGAGGUAUGUAUGAGACAAAAGAAUGAAUGGCUGUUUUAAAGUUUUGUCUGAAUGUUUAGGAAUCAAACAAAUAUUGCGUAACUGUGUUAAACUAUAAUGUAAGCGUUCAUUAAGGAUAGAUAUAUACAUAUAUAUAUAUACAUAGAUAUAUAUUAUAUAUACAAGUCCUGGCCGUUCUUUCUGAAGAAAUUGAAGUAAAUUAUAUAUAGAAAUAUGUGUGUAUUCAUAGAUGCACAUAUGCCGUGCUGUACAUGCUGCGUGUAUGUAUAGAUAGAUAUAUAGACGGUACACUAAUACCUAAAACUGUGCGCUGGUGACACAAGAAGAACAAUUUUGUGCUACAAAAACAAAAAAUCCAACAGACAGACCAACAACAACAAAGUAAAAACACACACAAACAAAUUCUAGUGGCAUGCUGCAAGCUAUCGGAGAAUAAAAAAUAAUAUUUGUGUUUACACUUUAACUAAUGCAACAGCCGAGAUAUAUGUACCUAGUGUAACUAGGUACAAUGGAAUGUUGUUGUAUCGUACGAAAAUCAAAAUCAAACAAAUUUAUUGUAAACCGUUUCUUCCUUCACCGAAAAGCGAUGAAGUAAACAUACGCAAACAUUCGUCUAAAAUAUAAUCGACCUGUAAUUUGAAACAAUAUAAUUGACCUGUAAUGAAUGCGAAGAAUAGUACAUUUUUACCACGCAUUACAUCCUUCUGUUGUAGCGUAUACUACUGUUCUGUUCUGUAGCAGAUACUACAAUAAUUUUUAAAUCUUCUGUUAGAAUGUUGUGCGAUUACAUACUACAUACUACGCUUCAUUGGAAGAAAUGUGAAUCAAUGGCAAAAAAAAAACACAAAACAAAACCCAAACUUACAUAUAUAUAUAUUCAUUACAAACAUUGUUGUGCAUGUGUGUUGUGUAGGUUGAAAACAAAUUGGAAUAAUUAAAGCAUACAAAUGUGAAAAUGAACAAAUGAAAACAAAACAAAAAUAACAAACAAACGAAACACAUAAUUAAUCCUGCUGUGGGGGAAGGUAGGUCGUGUGAAUGAUAGAAGUUGAACGUACACAGCGCUAACGAUACAAAUUCAGCAAAUAGAGCAAACAUAUAACGAUAACUUUAGCGAUUCACCCUCUAACAAUACACCGCAUAUACAGCAGUAGUAUAGCAAGCAAACACGCCUAGUUUAUGUUUGUUCGAGCUUUAGAGCUCCAAAAGCGCGCCGUGUCUCUGUCUCAGCUUGUUCAAAAGGUACAAAAAAACAACCCGCAAAUGGAAGAAAAGAAAACACACACAAAGUAACUCCUAAAUGCACUAGGCGUUAUUGAAACAAACAAAACAAAACAAAUAUCGCGUCACGGUUGAUUGAUGUUAGAAGUGUCGCGUUCAGUGAUAAACAAACGAUAUACAAACUCGUGCAGGAAUAGUCCAACGUAACAAUUCUUCUCUUAGAUCGCGGUGGUUAUACAAUAUACGAGAUAAACUGUGCAUGUUCGUCUAGUCGUUAGAAAUGGAAACCAAUCAUCCCACUUCCAUCAUCGAGCACCAGCACGUAGCCACCACCAUACAAAACACCGCGUAUUAGCUAUAAAUAUAUAUAUACUAAAACAACAAAACAAAACAAAUAACAACAUGCAAUCAAUUAAGCGCUAAAAACCAAUACGAAUUGCAAAUGCCUGUUCCUGUGUGUGUCAUUGUGUCACUAGUGUGUUUUUUCUCUGGUAGGCUUAUCCGUGAUAUUUUAAGUGAAUGCAACAAUGCUAAACGUACAAAAACUAUACACGGAUCAGCAGCUAUAAACACGAACUGUAAGACAUUCAUUUUCUAUUGGCGAAGUGUUAAGAAGGGAUAAACCCAAACCCAAAAGCGUCAUUCGUAGUAGGAACAAUUCGUUUUUUAACGUGGUGUGCUAUGUACGACACGAUCAUAAUUGCACACCAACGACAACAAUAUGAUACGAUGAUUAGGCACAAUGGCAGCAUAGUUAAUGUAGCAUACUCUACUAGUUAGCUUAUGCCGCACUUUUACUUCCUUGUAAUGGCACUAUCCUUUGUGCUUACACCGCGUGUCAAUCGUCUCUUGCGUAGGGUAGUGAACGCGAAUGCAAAGAAUAUAUUAGCAGGCGCAACGCAAAUAAACAAAACUAACCCAACAAGCCAAACCAUCCCCUUUCCCAACUUCAAACAAACAAACAAAAAAAAGUCACUAAAAGAAUGGCAAUGUUUUUAAAGUUCACACGGGCAGUGCAAAUGUGUGCAAAGCUAAUGGCGCACAGAAAACAGAAGAGCAAACGAGGUAUGUUUUGCAAACAAAGAAAGAGGAAAGGUAAUAGUUUAAAAAAGAAAGAAAGAACAAGAAAGCGAAAGAGAGAGCGAGAGAGAUAAAAAUAUAACUAAAAACAAAAUCCAAUUGGUCAAUGUGAAAGCGUAGCAUGUGAAACAUGUACAAAUUUACUAUUAAUAACAUUAAUAUUAAACUUACUAUGGUAACGAAGUAAUAAUAAUAAUAAUAAUAAUAAUAAAACUAAACGUAGAUACAGCAGUAAUAAACCAGAAUAACAAUAACAAAAGAUAAAAGCAAACGUGGUGAUCUUAUAGGCAGGACAGAUACAAAACAAAUAAAAUGCAUGUGAUGAAGCGAUAACGAAAGGAAAGCAAAACUAAAGCUACUAAAAGUGUAGAACGAAAAAGUGAGUGAAGCGAAACGCCAGUGGACAAAGAACACCUCUCAGUGAUCCGGAAUGGAAAGGCAAAUGUUGUGAAAAUGGAUGGUACGAGAAUGUGGUGAAACGCGCUCGGACGCGCUCCAUUUCGAGUUCGGUGGCUGACAAAUGCAUAAAGUGUGAAUGAGCAAACUGUGUGUACGCAAAACCAAAGUCUAUAGGAACGUUUCUUACGGAUCGAUUGAUGAGAAUAAUAUAUGAACAAAGGCACAAUAGUUAGAAAUGAUUGGAAAAAAUGAAUAAUGUCCGAUACAUACACAGCAAGAAGAAGAAUUAUUAAAAAAAAAACAAAAGAAACCGGAAAACAAAAUAACACUACAAAAACAAAAUUUUGGAAUGCAUAAAAUAUGUCGAGCAAGUUGCACACAGAUACACAAAAAGAAAACAAACAAAAAUGGAAGCGCGUUUGCACAGCCCAUCGUAUAUGCGUCCAAUGUUUAGUGUUUAGAGCAAAGUGCAUAUAUCGGAUUUAGUGGAUAAUUAUAGUAGUGUGCGAAAGGGAGCAAACACCGAACGGUGGUACGUGGGAUGAAAAGGGAGAGUGAGAGAUUGUGGGAAAAAUUGUGUUAAUUUUCCUGUUUGUCAAAUACCUCUAUAAAAGCGCAUUUGUUGGUUCUCAGUUCGUUUGUAAGUUUUUGCUGCUUGUAAUACUUGUGCCGCAUACGCCGUAGGACGGAUUUUGCGGAAUGGUACAACAUAAACACACCUCCACAGACAGAUAGACACGUACACAUUACUCGUAAUAUAAGUUGCAUUAACGCUAAGUUUAAUUGGGGUUUGCGUUGAAGAAAAGUGUUGGAGGAUGGCGAUGACGACGGUGUGCGCAGAACAGUACAAGACAGCAGGACAUUUAUGAAAAAGCUAAACACAUAUUUCUAGUGUAAAACGUAUAUAGUUAGCGCUAGGCAUCUACCGCCAAGAAUUAUGUUACGAAGUACGAAAAACGACAAACAUAUUUUUUACAUAUAUAAAAUCUACACUAAAAAAAAACAACUUACAUGCAACAAAACACAAAAUUACAGCGAGAUUUUUGUUAGUAUCAUUUCCGGUAGCACAAGACUCUAUUCCAAGGCUCACACUCAUGAGGGUAUUAAAUGUGUUUAUUGGGUGUGCCACUGUGAUGUGAGCAUACUGUAAGGUUAUUAUUUGUCCUGUCUUGUUUUUUGGUCUUCCUGCGCUUAUAAGAUUCGUCAGCGUAGGAUGAUUUUUUGCUUUUAUCAAUUGGUUGCAAACACACUGAAUUGUAGAAGUAAUUGAAAUUGGUUAGUUUUUUUUUCUCUUGUACUUUUCGGUCUUUAUAUAUUUGUAAGACACUCACACAACAGACAAACCAAUUGCAAUUGAUUGUGAUGCACAUGGGGCGGAAAAGAUCUAACGGUUAGCGCGUGUUUUUGAGGGUAAGGGAGAAACAGUUUUGGGUAAGGAGAAUGAUAAGGGAAAGAUCCUACCAAGCUCUUAAUCACAGAUACUCACACCAUACACAUUUGCACUCGAACUCUACAAAAAAAAAAACACAUAUUGUCGAACGUGAAACAUCUGUCGAAUUUUUAUUGUUAAAUGCGCAUAGUUUGCACAAACUGUCUCCCACACAUAUGCUCAUAUCGAAAUCUUUCGGAAUGUAUCAUUCUUCUAGUUAUGUGAGGCACUGGGGGAAAGCUAUUUAUAAUGGUAAUGGAACACUUCUUUCUUGUGUGCUGUUUCCUGUUUCAAACCGGAAACACUAUUGCCGACAUUUAUGUCUUGCUCUGCUUUGAAAUACUCUCCCGAAAUGUUGUGGAAGAAUAUAAAGUGCAAAGAAUGGAAAAGUUUGGUACAUUUUUUUUCUUUGUAUUUUGUGAGUGCGUACUUUUGUAGGAUUGUGAUUUGUUUUAGAUCACAGAAAAAAGACCUUUUGAAUAGUUCUUGAUUUUUCCGUUCCUGUAAAGGGCACGUUCAAUUUAUUUAAAUGGGACGUGAAGAUUCAUAGUCUUUUUGUUUUGUCCUUUAAACUCCUGCAUGCAUCCAGCUAUCGGGAUACGGCUAUCGAAUGAUUGUUGUGAUAAGUGAGACAGAAGAAUAAACAAAAGAAGAAAAAAACAGUUUUGAACUACAAAUAAUACAAACUAAUGCCGAGCAAAUGCUGAGCCAGAAAUGCAGCGAAGAACGUACGGCACUGAUAGAGUGAACAUAAGUAAUCAAAACGUAACGUAAACCAAUUCCUUCCGGAUGCGCCAAAUGAGACCGCCAAAUGGCGGUAACCAAAAUACAAAAAUUCUCCUCCUCCCCCCCGUCACGGAACAUUGACAAACACAUCGCAAUGCAAAUGCAAGGAAAGGAUAUGCUGGGAUGAGAAAAAAGAGAAAAGGAAAACACAUACUAUAAAAAACACACAAAGCAAACUCACACAACAAAUACUAUACAGUUAAAAUGGGUAAGCGGAAGUUGACAAAUAUGUGGAUAGUGUAGUGUAGAAACAAAUGCAUAAAAAUCGUAAAUAUGAUUAUACUCAAACCACACAGACGACAUACACACAGCCACACACAUCAGCCCAUACAGAAACAUAAGAAGAAAACAUGCGAGAAAAGUUUGAAUGAAGAGUUGUGAAUUACAAAACGAUCCAGCCCCGCGCGUGUGUGUGUGUUUUUUUAAAAGGAUUUGUUAAAGCAACCAGUUUGCACCACGCACCAUAUGAAUGAGUGGAUAAGAAUGUUGGAAGGUAGUAGUACAAGCUAGAAUACAACAAAACUACGCUACUACACAGCGGAGAAGGCUUUUUGUCGAUAUAUACAUAGCAUGAACCGGAGGGGGGCAGAAGAAAAGCGCCACCCGUUAGUAGGAAGGGCUGUUAUAGAAAGGUGAACCGAACCGAGGACGCAACAGUGUAAAAUACAAAAACUGGAAAGCAAGAAAAACAAAGCUAAACUCGGUAAUAAAGAUCGGUAGAAUACGGCGUUCGAAUACAACGGGGAGAAAAUAGGAGAAGCAAGCGUAAAACAACAAAUUAAAGAUUAAUGUGAUUGUACUGUACAUACAUUUGUAUUAUAUAAAGCGAAUAAGAAAAUGUGGAAUAAGAAAAUCCAGCAAAAUGAA